UGCGCCUCGUAUCUCACCGCCGUCACCACACGUGGCACUUUGUGCAGCGUGGGGUCGGCUCCGCAAGCGUACAAGUGAUGCCUCGGCUGGUGCUCUGCUGCACGCCAACUGCAGCCUCCUCUAAGCUGCUGUCGCGAUGCCUCAACGCAAGUCGUACCGCUCGGAUCUGCAGUCGCUCUAAACUCAGAGCAUGCUCGGCAUCAAGACGGAUACCGGCUUGGACGAGCUGAUCGGCUACAGCCAGGUUCGCAACGCCUUCACGGUGUGCGGCCAGGAGACGUGGCGGUGCGGCAACGAGGAAUUCGUGCGCGACGGCUACACGUUCGUGGGAAGCGCGCCUGCGCAGCAGCAUGGGCGCGGCAGCAUGGGCGUGUGCAUCGUGCUCUCGCCUCGGGCUGAGGCUGCUCGGCAGCGAGCAGGUGGCAGCAAACCGGUGGCUCGUUCGCCGGACGGCCGCUCCAUCGCUGUGCGGCUCGUUGUGCGCGGCGGCUCGCGCGGCAAGCAGUUCUCGCGCCCACGUCUGCGCACUCCGCCGCCGAGAUCGACGCGUACUACGAGGGCCUCGCCCAGCUGAUCGCUCUGCGGCAGCCGGGUGAUGUGCUCGUGUUGUGCGCCGACGCCAACGCCAGCAUUGGCCGCGGCAGCCUCGUGCCCUGACUCAAAGACCAGCUAGCUGGUCCGUUCAGUGCCGAUGGUCGCGCCGCCCCGCUCCGCCCCGCCCGCCGCCGCGCCGCCGCCCGAUGAUUAUUAAGUAAUAAUUAAUUAACAAAUAAGUAAUUAUACCAACCGCCGCCGCGCCGCCCCGCCCUGCGUCGCCCGCUGCCUCGCCGCGCCGCCGCCUUGCGCCGCCCGCCGCCCCGCCGCGCCGCCGCCCGAUGAUUAACAAAUAAUAAUUAAUACUCGAUCAUUAAUAAUGUGUGUGCGUGUGCGUGUGUGUGUGUGUUUGUUUGCGCGAUGGCAGGGAAGGGCAGGGCAGCCGCGAGCAGCAAGUGGCGUCGGCGACGCGGCGAGGACACGAUGGUGAGGCUGCGCUGCACAGCCUGCUGAGCACGCUCCCGACGAGCGUCGCGCCCCGCGGGCAGCACUGGCGAAGCGAGGUUGGAGAGCAGCCUGCCGUCGAGCAGCACGCCGCGCAAGCCCGCCGCCGGCUCCCGUCGAGCGACGAGCCAUGCUGGCUCGUCGCGGGUCGCGAGCACGAAGACCCGCGCGGCGCGUCGCCGAGCCUGGCGUGCCCGCCCGCACGCCC